AUGGUUGCAGGUCAGGCUGUACAAGAUCACGAACCAUUGUAUGGUCCUACAUAUCUUCCACGUAAAUUUAAGAUUGCAAUUGCAAUUCCGCCUAAUAACGAUGUAGAUGUUUUUGCUCACGAUUUAGGAUUCAUAGCUAUAGCAGAUAAAGCUAACAAAAAAUUAUUAGGCUAUAAUGUUACAGUCGGUGGUGGUAUGGGAGCAACACAUAACAAUAAGAAAACUUAUCCAAGACUUGGUGAUGUUAUUGGAUUUUGUAGACCUGAACAAGCCAUUGAUGUUGGUGAAAAAAUCAUGCUGAUACAGCGUGAUUUUGGUGAUCGUACAAAUAGAAAACAUGCACGUCUCAAGUAUACGAUAGAUGAUAGAAGCGUUGAAUGGUUUUGUUUAGAAUUAGAAUCCCGUUUAGGAUAUAAAUUGGAGAAGGCAAAAGAGUAUAAAUUUGAAAAUAAUGCAGAUCGUUAUGGCUGGACUAAAGGAAUUGAUGAUAAGUGGCAUUUUUGUAUGUAUAUAGAAAAUGGACGUGUUAAAGAUGAACCAGGUGCACCUAUUAAAACUGGGUUACGCGAAAUAGCCAAAGUUCAUGAUGGCGAUAUGCGAUUGACACCUAAUCAACAUCUUAUUAUUGGUAAUGUGGAUGAAAAAAAUAAGCCAAAAAUUGAAGAACUUUUAAAGAAAUAUGGAUUAGAUAAUCUGCAAUACACAGGUCUAAGAUUAAACUCAAUGUCAUGUGUAGCAUUACCAACAUGCGGUUUAGCCAUGGCAGAAGCAGAAAGAUAUCUACCAACAUUAGUAACAAAAGUGGAGAGCAUUAUUGAGGAUGUUGGAUUAAAACAUAAUGCCAUAGUUAUAAGAAUGACUGGAUGUCCUAAUGGAUGUGCUAGACCAUACGUUGCAGAAAUUGCAUGUGUUGGUAAGGCCCCUGGUACAUAUAAUCUUUAUUUAGGAGGAGGAUUUUAUGGACAGAGAUUAAACAAAAUAUAUAAAGAAAGUUUAAAAGAAGAUGAAAUAUUAAAAGAAUUAAAACCAAUGUUAACAAGAUAUGCUAAAGAAAAAUACGAUGAUGAAAAAUUUGGUGAUUUUGUUAUUCGUGUUGGAUAUGUAAAAGCUACACGUUUUGGAAAAGAUUUCCAUGAUAUUUAA